AUGACUCUCAGUUGUAAGUUCUUCCUUCCUCCUAUGAUUAAAACACACCCACAUCUGUCUCACAUCUCAAUAUUCCGCUGUAACCUUGCGGUCAAUCGUCAACAUAAAUUACAGUUCCACGCUGACAACAGGACAUCACAGGGUUUGAUAAUGGAGAAAGAAUCCAUUCCGCCUCCAUAUCCUGGUACUCAGGCGACCCAAGCAAGCAUGAACUUCCCUGGACAGCAGACAGCAUAUACGGCUCAAGCAGAUCCGUCAAAUUCUCUUUACCCCCCUCCACCCCCAUAUGGAUUGGGAGGUCUACCCACCAAUGUCCAGCAGCCAAUGGCGGUUCCUGUAGUCACACAGGUGGUGGUGAUGCCCACUCUCACUGACGUCCCGGGUCGCAUCAUCUGUCCUCACUGCCAUCAGGAUAUCAUCACAGAAACUGAACAUCUCAGUGGUUUGCUCACCUGGUUAAUUUGCGGAACCCUCGCUCUCUUUGUGUGCUGGCUAUGCUGUUGCAUACCGUUCUGUGUGGACGCAUGCAAGGAUGUAAAGCACAGCUGUCCAAACUGUAAAAAUGUCAUUCGCCUGUACAAACGAGUGUAGCGCAGCCUGCACCAGAGAACGGUACCACAGGUGAACCAAGAUGAGCUCAGGGGAGCUUUUACUCUGCUGUUUGUGCUGUAAACAGAUUUAGUGUGACUACGAAUGUUUGUCUUUCUGUUUUCUAUAACUCAAGAAGUUCAUCUCACCAUACAUUAUUUGUAUAAGACAAUCCAAAAAUGUAAGAUGUCUGAAUAUAUCCUACGAAUAUUUGUGUAUUGUAUGUUAAUAUUGGCAGACUGCCUCAUUUAAGAUACCAGCAAAAAGACAAACAAAAUGAGGAAAAGGAUGAUAACAUAAAUAAUUUUGUACAGUACACGUCAAGAUAAUCAAAAGAUGUCCCCCCACUACCAAGAACCACAACGCUCUAGGAUUUGAACUCCAGAUCUCUGUGAUUUCACUAAUUUGUUAUGAUAGGUAUGUAAUUGUGCCAUAUUUGCAACAUAAAAAACGUCCAAAUAUAGAGAAUAUUAAUAUAAAACAAUAUAAUUUAUCAUGCAACAUAACGAACAUGUAAUGCCUGUUUGGACUGUGAAAUAUAAAUUGUGUCUUUGCAAAACUUUCAUUUGAACCAGCAAUAAAUAUUUGCAUGGGGUGUUAGCUGUCUAAGAAUGUAGCUACUAUAUUUGUAGACUACACCACAUGAUGUGCAUUGGUCAGUGAAAUGAAUAUGUAUUGUACACCUAAGUUACCGCAUCACAUGAUAGCAAAUCGUGAUAACUUAUACAUUGUACGUAAACAUACUAUCUUUGUAUUUUUCUAUUGACGUUUAAUAAAAAAAGUAUUGUACACCUA